UCUGACAUCGUCAAAUUUUCAAGCGGAACCCAACCCUCUGCGGCGAAGAAGAAAAACCCUUCGCAUGGAUCUGCUCAAGCAAGAGCUCCUGAAGAAACGGCAAAGCCUGGCCGAGGAAACCGGUGGUCGGAAGGUCUUCAAGCGCUCUGAGAUCGAGCAGAAGAAGAUCCAGAAGCUUCGCGAGGAGGAACGCCGCGAACAGGAACUCAAAGCCCAGCGCAGAGCCGGCGCCGGCGGAUCAUCCGGCGCUGCAUUAGCCACCACUUCUUCGACGGCCUCGGCUUCGACCUCCUCCAAAUCCUCCGCAUCCGAUGCGGCUGGCGCGGCUAAUUCCAAAUCCCUAGCCGAAGAGCGGAACAUCGACACCCUCGUGCUUCCGAGGCAGGAAGUGAUUCGUCGACUGAGGUUUCUGAAGCAGCCGAUUACACUCUUCGGAGAGGAUGAUCAAGCGCGGCUCGAUCGGCUCAAGUACGUGCUGAAAGCGGGAUUGUUCGAAGUUGAUAGCGAUGUGAUGGAGGGGCAGACCAAUGACUUCUUGCGUGAUAUCGCGGAGCUGAGGAAGCGUCAGAAGAGUGGAAUGUUGAGCGAGAGGAAGAGGAAGGAUAGGGAAGAGGGAGGAGAUGAGGGUAACGAAGGUGACGUUAGGGAAGAUGAACUUAGCGCUGAUGGUGGGUCGAGUGGGGUUGAUGCAGAUAAGGAUUUGAAGCGUUUGAAAGCCAAUUUCGACGAGCUUUGCGAUGAGGACAAGAUACUUGUGUUCUUCAAGAAGCUGUUGAUUGAAUGGAACCAGGAGCUGGAUGCGAUGCAGGAGGCAGAGAGGCGAACUGCUAGAGGGAAGCAGAUGGUUGCCACGUUUAAGCAGUGUGCUAGAUAUCUCAAUCCUCUCUUCAAGUUUUGCAGAAAGAAGGCACUUCCAGAUGACAUCCGGCAAGCGCUAAUGGUGGUGGUUAACUGUUGCGUCGAGCGAGACUACCUAGCCGGGAUGGACCAAUACAUCAAGCUGGCCAUCGGGAACGCGCCAUGGCCCAUCGGUGUGACCAUGGUUGGCAUCCACGAGCGUUCGGCUCGGGAGAAGAUCUACACAAACAGCGUCGCACACAUCAUGAACGACGAGACGACACGCAAGUACCUCCAGUCGGUUAAAAGACUGAUGACGUUUUGUCAGAGACGGUACCCGACAAUGCCCUCCAAAGCCGUCGAGUUCAACAGUUUGGCUAACGGCAGCGACUUGCAGUCUUUGCUGUCCGAAGAGAGCCGGCCGUCUGAGGAGAGGCUUAGGCUCAUGCCGUCUCAAACUGAAAGCUAAGUGUGUUGUUUUUACGCUUUGUGUUUCUGAAGACAUUCUUGUCUCUGUCUUCUUAAGAUCAUAUGAUUAAAAUACUCGCACACACUAACAUGCGUUGUUGUAAAGGGUAGUAAUUUCGGUUUUAGAUCGGAAGUUCUCCGUUUUCAUUC